CUCGUUGAGUCAGUUGAAAAAGUUGCUGCCAUUUAUCUGGAAUUAUCGUGAUCAAUAUGAUUGCUAAGAUGAUGCUUGUCAUUGGAUUCUUCGCAACUUUACUUUCACGUGAAUUACUUCAUGCAGCACCUGUAGCCCUUGCACCAGCAGCUUCAGUGGCAUCAGUUUUAAAACCUGUCCACGAAUAUGAUCCACAUCCGCAGUACACUUAUGCUUACGAUGUGCAGGACGUAUUAACCGGUGAUUCCAAAGCGCAGCAUGAAAUGAGAAAUGGGGAUGUUGUUAGCGGAAGCUACAGCCUCAUCGAAGCGGAUGGAACAAGACGAAUCGUCGAGUACACAGCUGACCCCAUCAACGGCUUCAAUGCCGUUGUGCACAGGGAACCCGCCGUUCAUGCAGUUGCAGCUCUACCUUUCAAAUUUUGAAUGAAAUUUCGUAGAUUACUCAUUGACUAGUCUUAGCAAUGUACAUAGUAAAAGACGAACAAGUUUAUUUUCAUAUCAACGACUCCCAUUGUUUUUUUAUCUUGCACCGCUCAAAAAUUGUAUCUAUCAUAUGAAUAUUGAUCUGAAUAAA